UUGACCUUCGCGUCCACCCAUUCACCUCUCUCCCUUCCCAAAAUGCAAAUCCCGCUUGAAAUCAACCUGCACAUCCUCAAACACCUGGUAUCUUCCCUCCCAAUCAACCGCGCUCUACGCAUAAGACUUGUAAACAGCCUCUUCGCCGAAGAAAUCCCCAAGCUCCUCUUCCGCCACCCAACCGCGCAAGAAGACAACUUCAUCCUGAAAAAAUGGGCGCAAUUUCCCGCCCCUCUAAAGCGGCAGUACAUCCGCUGCAAAAUCGACAUGCAUCGAACCAGCACCUGCGUGUUUUCGUCGUACGCGGACGAGAUGCUCAAGACGGAGUUGGCGCGCACGUCGCCUAACUUACUACCCUCGGAACCUGCAGCUACUGCUGUCCCGUUCAUCGAAAGAGUCAUCGAUAUCGCGCCUCAUAUGGACCACGAUCGCUGGGAUAUGUUUCAUCCGGAUCGCUACCGUCGGUAUGUGGAAUGGUAUGAGACGAAGGUGAUGGCGGAAUUUCCCUAUCAGUUUGGCAGCGAGUCGGUCGAGGAGACGGUGCAGGUGGUGUUGGCCGGGAGUGCGAUCUUGCGCGACGAAGUGGAUCUCUUAUCCUGGGCGCUGGAUUCAGGCGUGGACUUGGGACAGGUGAGUCGGCGGCUUGAGCUGAGCUUGGUCGAUUUGAUCGCAAGGAAGGGGUCGAGGAUGAUUGCGGAGUUGGUGGUUGAGCGAGGGUAUGACCUGUCGCGGGUUCGACAGUUUGGCAAGACGUAUGCGGCGCUGUGUGGUGCCGCUGUGGGGAAGAACUUCGACGCGCUGGACGUGUGGCUCGAGCAUUUGCGACGGAGGGACGAUGCCCAUCUGCAGCAUAAUCUGCGCGAGAUGAUGCGGACUGCUGCCGAGAAAGGGGAAUUUACGAUGUUGGAGUUUCUGGCGCGAUGGUAUGAAGACGGCACGGCGGCGUUACUGUAUAAUCAGCUCAUCUCGGCGAUUAAUGAGGAGGAUAUAUCUGUGAUCAGACGUCUGAUGGAGUAUGAAGGGUUUUACCGCACGAUUUCGACGAAGAAGUAUCCCAAGGGCCCGCUUUUUACGGUCAUGUGGAUCUGGAGAUCUAGUUACUUCAGGGCGAUAUUGGAGAUGCUUCUGAAGGGCGGAGUUGAUCCCGACGGAAGAUAUCCAGGGGUUGUCGGGACGCCGUUACAACGAGCUGUUGAGCAGGGUUGGCUGGAUGCUGCGAGAACCUUGAUUCAAUAUGGCGCGGAUGUCAACGUCUUGUGCAUCCCUCAUCGCAUGCGGAAACGGUCCGAGGUGUCUUUGUUGCUGGUGGCGGCGAGGAAGAGGAAUGGCGCGAUGGUCCGGCUUCUGUUGGAGAAUGGGGCAGAUCCGGCGAGUGUCAAGAAUGACCCGAAGCAUGGGAGUUAUAUUCAGAGGAUUAUAGAUGGCACGGAGACUGAAGCGUAA